AACCCAACCCUCCUCUAUCCGCUUCAACGUCUUGUAAAUCCGUCCCACAACUGCUUCAAUAACAAAAGGAUAUCAGCCUAUCCCGUAUCACGUUUGGUUCUGUGCUGUGAAAAAUUCGGUAACAGGAUAUAUAUAAUAAUAUGCCUGUGCGUCUAUAUCUGUGUGUGGUGGUAUAAUAUUAUAUAGACAGCCAAAGAUCUUGUCAGUUUGGUACCGUAGUGUCUGAGCGCUUUAUCAGCCGCUUGCACUGUGCGCUUUUCUGGAAGCCAGGAAUACUUCUGAGUGUCCUUGGGUCUGCUGAGGCACAUACCACCAGCAACAGAAGCAGCCACGGAUGUCGGAUUUGACGAGAGAUAACGAGGCAGAGGAGACGGCAUUCGAGGAGAGAGACAAUGAGAGAGACAAUGAGAGAGACAAUGAGAGGGACGAGGAGACAGGCUGGCCGCUUGUACUGGGAGCUGUGAAAAACCUGAGGGGAGCGGCUCUAGAGUUCUGCCUAAGCACGGUCCCGCCCCACCAGCUGAGCACACAUCACGUGUCUGGGAAGCCCCUCCUACAUCUGGCCGCUCGACACAACGUCUGGGCCGUUCCCGCCCUGCUCCGGGCCGGAAGUGACGUCAACUGCCGGGACUGUGUGCACGGCGACACGGCCCUGCACGUGGCCUGUCUGUACGGAAACGUCUCGCUCAUCUCUCUCCUCCUACAGUCUGGCGCCGCCAUCAACCUCCGGAACAGAUACGGACAGACGGCUCUGGACAAGUUUUUGUCCGUGUGUUCGAAACCCUCCAAAUGCACGACCACCAGACAACGUUUGUUGCUCGCUCACGCUCUGGUCAGGAUCGGGUUCAAGGUCAACCCCCAGGCCAAAGGUCAGAAACUGGGAACACGACAGAAGAUCCUGAGAAGUUUCCAGAACAGCAACAAGUGCAGCGAGUGCUCGUCCCUGCAACACCUGUGCCGUGUGCGCAUGCGCGAACUGCUGCCCCAGCGGACGCUGCUGAGUGACGUCACGUCCCUGGAGAUCGCGCGCACCCUGCAGGACUUCCUGUUGUUCCGGCCACACCUGCUAGACCGCCAUGUCGUCUGCGCUCACCUCCGGACUUUGGAAGAGGUUUACAGUACGACUGUCAGAUGAUGACUUUGGAGGAGAUUUACAGUACGACUGUGAGAUGAUGACUUUGGAGAAGGUUUACAGUACUCCUGUCAGAUAAUGACUUCUUGUGAGAGAUAAACAGUACACCUGUCAGGUGAUGACUUUUGAGGAGGUUUACAGUAAGCCACUGAGAGGGUUGUGACUUUUUGUGGUCUUACAGUACUCCCGUCAGAUGACUUCUUGUGAGGGGUUUACAGUAAGCCCGUUAGAUAAUGACUUCUUGUGAUAGAUUUACAGUACGCCACUGAGAGGAUUGUGACUUUUGGCGGUCUUAAAGUACGCCCGUCUGAUGAUGACUUCUUGUGAGGGAUUUACUGUACGCCACGGGAGAGUAUUGUGAUUUCUGAGGG